AUGCGGCCUCUUGAGACAGAAAAAGAUGACUCUAAUAUCUCAGAGAGUGACGGACGCAGUAAUUCUUUUUCUGGAGCAAGCGAUACGUCCUCAGGGAUGGGAGGUUUGGCAAGGAUGUCAACCCGUCGUUGUCCAGCUGCUGCACCGAUGGGCAAGCCAAAACGCCGUUUCAAAAAUGGAGAAUAUGAUGAUGAACAAGGAGAAGAGCACGAAGAAGAGUAUGACGAGGAAGAAAGUGAUAUUCCUGUAGGUGGAGUCGGCAGUGUGAAACUUAGUUCGCUCUAUGCAGGAGCACAUUUCGCUGGCUACCCUUCUUCCGCGGCUAGGCAGACAGUUCUGUCUGACGCAGGUCACUAUCCGUCCACCAGAAUCACUAGUCCUCGGGUGAGAAGGUCGUCAAGAGAUGUUGAAGAAGCAAUAUCUUCACUUCAAAAUCAGAAAAAAUUAUCAGAAGGACAGCAUCGCUAUUCCAAUGGCCGUCUACUUACAGACAGGAUAUCCAGCAGCCGGCUGGAGGAUGACUUAGACUUAGAUGAUGACCGUCGAGUUGCAACAGGCAGAGAAGGUAAAUCAGGUAGGUUAUCAUUUGGCCCUUCAACAUUCGUACCAUAUAACCCUCUCCUGCACUAUAUUUUGAGUUGGAGCUCAACAGAUUUGCUUAUUUAG